AUGCGCCUCUGGAUUUUGGCGGGAGAUGAAUACAGCUACAGAGAAGCUAAAGGGCUAACCAGGCACACGGACUGGCCGUGGAAGGAUCUGAAAGUGUUUUGCGCUCAAGAUUUUGCGCUGAUGAAAAUCGGGUCGACAAGUUAUAAAAUACCAUUCCAGUCUCUGCCACGCUACCGCAAUAUCCUGGUCUCCACCGGUUCAUCGAUGGCUGACGAGGUGCUGUUUAUAGACG